AUGUUGAUAAAAGAAUAUCGUAUUUUGUUACCUCUUACGGUUAGCGAAUAUCGUAUCGCUCAGCUUUAUAUGAUUCAGAAAAAAAGUCGUCAAGAAAGUUCCGGUGAAGGUAGUGGUGUGGAAAUUAUUACUAAUAAACCAUACAAUGAUGGUCCAGGUGGAUCUGGUCAAUACACAUUCAAAAUUUAUCAUAUCGGCAAUAAAAUUCCGGUAUGGUUACGCAGCGUAUUACCAACAAAUGCAUUGAAAGCACAUGAAGAAGCUUGGAAUGCGUAUCCUCAUACGAAAACACGUUAUUCAUCUCCAUUUUUGGAUCGUUUCAAUAUUGAAGUGGAAACGAAGUAUUACAAUGAUGCUGGUAAUCAAGAAAAUGUUUUCGAGCUUACCGAUGAUGAAUUGAAAAAUCGAAUUGUUGAUGUAAUGGAUUUUGUGAAUGAUCCGUUAACAUCGUAUGAUUAUGUUCCUGAGGAAGAUCCGAAAUUAUAUCGUAGUAUAAAGACUGGUCGUGGGCCGCUUAAAGAAGAUUGGAUUGAGGAUUGUAUUAAAAAUGGAAAACCUAUUAUGUGUGCUUAUAAACUUUGCAAAGUUGAAUUUCGAUUUUGGGGCUUACAAACUCGCGCGGAACGUUGGAUACAUAGUCAUGCUUUGCGUAAUACAAUGCUAAGAGCCCAUAAACAAGCAUGGGCAUGGCAGGAUGAAUGGCACGAUCUUACGCUUGAGGAUGUACGAGAACUGGAGCGAGAUGCAGCGGAACAUUUGUCUAAGUUGAUGUCACGCUCAUCUAUUUCUACUUCUUCCUCGAUUUAUUUCGAUUGUGUAGAAGGUGAUCCGAUCAUGGAAGAUUCUCAGUCACUGAUAAAGUGGAGUUCGGAGAUAUCGCUUAUUAGUGGUCAUGAAACAUUGUCAUUACCACGAAUUGAGCAAGAUCUGAAGGUGGCUGCUAACACCACAUCUAAUGCUUCUUUGCUUAUAAUCAUCUUCUACGAUGAUAUUUUUUCAGAUGUUUCAACGGAUCAGAAUGUAUCAGAUCCAAAUUCUUUACGUUUAACGAUAGAAAAACAGAUCUCAGCGGAUUAUGAGCAUCUCAAAGGGCAUGUUCACUUUUUACAAGUAUCAUGUGGUCAAGAAUUCGCCGAUACAGCCUUACAUUUGAUCUCAAUUACGCCUACAUAUGGUCUCGUUCAUCCAUCACUGGCAUUACUUCUUUCUUCAUCGCAAUAUUAUUUUGAGGCUGUUCGAAAUACACUACAUCGUGCUAAUGAAGCAUACAAUCAGUUUAUGCAUUCCAAUGCUGGACAAAAUUUUAAUGGCGAAAUAUUUGCUGUGGGUGAUUAUUUGGGUGGAAUUUUGUUGCAUGAAUGUUUAAAACGUUCCGCAAAUUACUGCCAUUUACAAGAGUCGCAUCAAAUUGUUUCACGACAUUCCAGUAAUCUUUCAACUAAGUCUCAUAUCAUUGCGAACUUGAAUAAUCAAGAGUUAGGAGAAAAUGCUUCGGCGACAGGUGGAAAUAAAUUACAGCGAAAUUCGUCGGUACCAUUGACGAUGAAGUUCAGAAGUUGUCCUCGAUCAACACCUAGUUCAGAAACUUCUUCAAAUGAUACAGUAUGGGAAUCUCUAGCUUUCCGUCCAAGUAUGACAUUCCUUCUUGGUUGUCCUUUGGCUUUUAUUUUGGUUCAUCAAAAAUUUCACGGUUAUGAAGCUGAACCAUUGGAAUAUAAUCAGUUGUUCAAUAUCUACUAUUCGAUAGAUGCAUGUGGUGCUCGACUUGAACCAGUAUUAAAUCCUCAGCUUGCGAUGUUGUUACCUGUAAAUGUGCCUCGUUAUAGUGAUAUUACCAAUGCUGUUGAAAACAGUGAUGGUAUACUUGAUUCGUCAUUACUUUGGGGUAAUCAUCGUAUCGACCAUAUAUUACACUCUCCGCAUGCUAUGAUUGCCUUGCCUUCAUCAGCUCUUCCCAAUGUUCUCCACGCUUCAUAUUGGGAAAGUGAUGAUGUAGCUGCUUUUAUCCUCAAGUUAGUUCAUUUUUUUUGA